AUGUCCCUUCUCAUGGACGGCCACCAGAACGCCCGUUGGAUGAAUGAGAGGGUCCUUCUCGUCGCUUGGUGUCCGGCGAUCGCGGAGGAGUGGCCCCAUUGGAGGACGUCAGAUCUCAUGUUCUGGGGGUGGCCUAAAGCUGUCUUGUACAUAAAGCCUGAUACACACGUGUUCAUUGGAGAGAAUGUUACGCUCAGAUGUGACAUACAGGGAGGAGACACUCAGUGGAGAUACUACUGGUAUAAGAAUGAAAAAAUACUAAAAACAAAUAAAACAUCAUUUACUAUUUUUUCUGCUGAAAACAAUGACAGUGGUGACUACACCUGCCUAAGAGCUCAAUCAGAGAUCAGUGCUGCUGUUAGACUGACUGUAUCAGCAAAACCCAAACCGACUGUGAGAGUGAAUCCUCAGAGCUCCAUCUACACUGGAGACAUCAUCACUCUGACCUGUGAGCUGCAGGAGUCCACUGGAUGGGAGUUUCUCUGGGACAAAAAUAAUCAGCAGUUACAUCAUUUCAACAGUAAACCAGUAAACAACAACACAAUCCAUGUGACAGUGAAUAAUACAGGAGACACAGUGUAUAAGUGUGUAGCACGCAGACGUAACACCUGGGCAAACACACACUACGACACAGAGUACAGCAAUAAAGUCACGAUUACUGCAAAAGAGAGACCUGCAGUACUAAGUGUAUCUCCACAGAGAUGGAUGACUGAAGGAGACUCAGUGACUCUUAGCUGUGAGGUUAAAGACUCCUCUACAAACUGGACAUUCAGCUGGUACAGAGAGAUUCCCUAUAGACAUGGUGUGACUAAAAUAUAUUAUAGUGAUGGCAUCAUAUUUGUGGAGCUUCUCUCAGACAGUAGAGGAUCUGGAGGCUUCUACAUUCUCAGUCCUGCUGCUCGUAAACACACAGGAGUUUAUGUGUGUAGAGGAGAGAGAGGAGAACCAGACAUUUAUACACAGUACAGCAACCAAGAAACACUAUGGAUCACUGGUGAAGCUCCUCCAGUCUCUCUGAUCAUCAACCCCAGCAGAACUCAACACUUUACUGGUGACUCUCUCUCACUGAGCUGUGAGGACCAGAGUAACUCUACUGGAUGGACAGUGAGACGAUACACACACAGUGAGGGAGUGUUAGAUUGUUCAUGGUGGGGAUUAGUUACAGGAUCUACAUGUAAAAUCAGCUCCCUCUCCACAUCCGACACUGGAGUUUACUGGUGUGGGUCUGAAUCUGGAGAAAACAGUAAUCCUGUCAACAUCACAGUGCAUGAUGGUAAUGUGAUCCUGGACAGUCCUGUCCAUCCUGUGACUAAGGGACAUCCUCUGACUCUACGCUGUUUAUAUCGCAACACAAAGCCCUCAAACCUUCGAGCUGAUUUUUAUAAAAAUGGAUCAGUUCUCCAGACACAGACUAGAAGUGAGAUGAUCAUCUAUAAUGUCUCAAAGUCAGAUGAAGCUUUCUACAACUGCAAAAGCCAAGAGAAAGGAGAGUCACCGAAAAUCUGGGUCUCAGUCGGAGCAAAACCCAAACCGACUGUGAGAGUGAAUCCUCAGAGCUCCAUCUACACUGGAGACACCGUCACUCUGACCUGUGAGCUGAAUCAGGGCACUGAAUGGGAGUUUCUCUGGUACAAAAAUGAUCAGCAGUUACAGCGUUUCAGCACUGAACCAGUAAACACCAACACACUCCCUGUGACAGUGGAUAAUACAGGAGACACAGUGUAUAAGUGUGUAGCACGCAGGUAUAACAACGGGGCCGACACACACUACUACACAGAGUACAGCGAUGAAGUCACGAUUACUGCAAAAGCAAAACCCAAACCGACUGUGAGAGUGAAUCCUCAGAGCUCCAUCUACACUGGAGACACCGUCACUCUGACCUGUGAGCUGCAGGAGUCCACUGGAUGGGAGUUUCUCUGGUACAAAUAUAAUCAGCCGUUACAGGAUUUCAGCACUGAACCAGUAAACACCAACACACUCUCUGUGACAGUGAAUAAUACAGGAGACUCAGUGUAUAAGUGCAGAGCACGCAGAGGUGAAGCGUUUGAAGAGUAUUACACAGAUUACAGCAAUGAAGUCAUGGUUACUGCAAGAGGUUCAUUAGGUGUAGAAGCUCCAAUCUCAGUGCUCAUGCUGAUCAGUAGUGUAGUGACGGCCUCUCCGUAUCUGCUGGUCACCAUCAUUCUGCUGCUCAAAUGUUAUAGAGCUCGAGCUCACACCCAAGAAAAGAGAAUUGGGAAUCCAGUCACAGAGGAGUGAUCAACGUUCAUCUAUUUAAAGAGAAUGCACUGACCUGUAAUAUAAAUUAAUAUAUUUCUUAUAUAUUCUGAUUUGUAAUUUUCCUGUUUGUCACUUCAAUGUUCAGUAUUUUAUAGUCACAUUUAUUCUCAUGACCAACAGGUAAGAUGUGCUUAAUAUACAGAGUGUAUAUGGUUUAUUUGCAUUAUGUCAGAAUGAA